CCUGAAGGAUUCAAACCGAACAUGGCCGCGGAGAACGAUGUCGAUGAAAACAUAGAAAGUAAAAGAGGACAAGUGAACAGUAUGGUGAUCGAUCGUGAGGACUCACCUACGGGAUCUCAUCUUGGUCGACCACCUAUCAUCUUUAAUCCGGAUUUUUUUGUGGAGAAACUUCGCCACGACAAUCCAGAUGUUUUUCUCGAACUGGUGUUGAGUAAUGUGACUCGUCUUAUCGAUCUUCCCGGGACAGAAUUUGCCCAACUCCUUGGAGAAGAAAGCCCCAAAACUCCAACAGGUGGAAUUGGUGGAGGAUUCUUUCGUUCCCUUAACUUCCUCAAACGCAAAGAUAAAGGUGCUGUGUUUGGGAGCUCGCUGUCAGAGAGCUGCAUCACUCUGAUCUACCAGCUCAUCGUCUACCUCAGCAAGAAUCUGCAUGUGGAGGGUCUGUUUCGCGUGCCGGGGAACAGUGUUCGGCAGCAGGCCCUGAGGGAGCUGCUCAGCAGCGGUGCUGAUGUAGACCUGGGAUCUGGAGACUUUCAUCCCCACGAUGUAGCCACAUUACUUAAGACUUUUCUGGGAGAGCUACCUGAGCCGCUGCUCACUCACAGACACUUCCACGCACACCUGAAGAUCACUGACAUGACUGUUCUUGACGAGCACGGUAACAAGACUGCAGUACCGAAUAAGGAACGUCAGAUCGAGGCCCUGCAGCUUCUCCUCCUGAUGCUCCCUCAGGCCAACCGCACGCUCCUCAAACUGUUGCUCGACCUGCUCUACCACACCGCCAAGCAACAGGACAAAAACAAGAUGUCUGCCUACAACCUGGCCCUCAUGUUUGCCCCACACGUCCUCUGGCCCAGGAAUAUGACUGCUGGGGAUCUGAAAGACAAUCUGAAGAAGCUAAACAACAGCAUGGCCUUCCUCAUCAGAUAUUCACAGAAAAUCUUCAGGGCUCCAGUCUAUUUGCGGGAAUAUGCCAGACUGCACUUUACUGGGACCAAGAGUCUGGAGACAAAGGAUGAUCUGGAGCUGCUGGUGGUAAAUAGUUCUCCGACUAAGCGGAUUGCAUUGCCGCUAAAGAGGACUGCUGUAUUGGGCCCUGGAUUUCCGGAGCAGUACCAGUCACCUUCUCAACAGUACACCGAGGAAGCCCUAAAGGAGCUCUUCAGGCACGUCCACCACAACAUGCCCGACUCUGCCAAGAAGAAGAAACUGAUCCGACAGUUAGUAAAGCAGGUGCCCUCAGGAACCCCGCCUGAAAACUACCUUGAGAAAUCUCCAGUCCCCAGCAAGAAACACCCACGUUCACGCUCUUUUGGUGGCUUCAUUAAGCGCAAAGCACGUGGUGAACAGCUGUCUGUAGAGAGACGGGUCAGACACAUCUCUCCAGACGCCGUUAUCACAGCAGCAAGGACACAUGGGAAAGAGAACGUCAUCAUGCAGCAGGUCAACAGUCCAUUAAAUGGACCAGUUUUGGGGAAGGCCGGCCUGGUUGUAAAAAACACAGACUGGAAUUUCAAUCAAAACAAGCCUUUGAAGGUCUCCAAGAAGGACUUGUCCUCUGUACCCAGGAUGCCUUUCUCUCCUACUCAGGAGAUCUCUGUAUAGAACUCGACUCCACCACGUCUUGGACAGGCUUCGGGCAGUAUUAUUAAUAUACUUUUUCUCGUAUGUAUGAUCAUCGUGUUUUCACCAUAUUCUGUUUAAGUGUUAGGAUUGUAGCAGCUUUUGCCUGAGUCACGACGUCCAAACCAAAGUGAAGAUCUCCGAUUUCAGCUUUUAUUUAGCUACUUAAUAAAAGCUUUCACUAAAUUAGGAGCAUCUAAUUUGGAUGAAAUUUGUAUCAUUCAAAACACACUUUAAUCAGUA